AUGCCCUUUGGUAUUUGGGACCCAGAGUCUUCUCGGGAUGGAACUACCAGCGGCAGUGAAUUUAAACUGAAUGGCACCGAACGGCUCAUCGACGAGGGCCGUGUCGACAUCGCCGCCGACGCAGCAGAAAGUCAUUUCUUGAAGCGCAUUAUUCACAAGGGUGAGGAGACAAUUCUUGUGCCGCAGCCUUCGGACGAUCCAAACGACCCAUUGCUCUGGCCACGUUGGCAAAAAGAGGCAGCAUUUUGGACCAUUUUCUUCAAUGCCAUCAUCUUUGCCAUCCUGCCCGGCCCCAUUAUUGCACCGGCCACCUUCCUCCUGGCCGGCGUCUUCCACGUACCCUUGACGCGCAUCGCUCAGCUCUCCGGCUACCAGCUGCUUGUCGUCGGUGCAUUUGGACCCUUCGUGUCCGUCCUUGCUCAAAAAUAUGGCAAACGGCCACAGUUCCUUUUCGCCGCAGUCUCCGCCACGGUCGGCACGGCCAUUUGCGUCGCAGGGUCUGAGCGUGUGCAUUACCAGACCGUCCUGGCCGGCCGCAUCAUCCAGGGCUUCGGUGUGACGGCAUGGGAGAGUCUUGCCGUGGCGGCCGUGGGCGACCUGUUCUACUUGCACGAGCGAGGUCUUCGAACGGCAAUCCUGGUCGUUGCUCUUGCCGGCACGGCAUCGAUUGUGGCUAUUAUCUCCGGCGCCAUGUCGGAGGGUGUUGGCUGGGCCAGCCUCUUUGUGGCCCUGCUACCCAUUGACGUGGUGUGCUUACUGCUCACCGUGUUCCUACUGCCCGAGACGCAAUUUGCGCGCAAGACACAAUCGACCGCCGUACUUUCAGACAAUGUUGCCGAGAAGCCUGGUCUGGUAGUCCACGCCGAGAUGGUCCAUACGAAUACCAGUGCACAAUCCGCAUCGUCCCCAACACAUGCCCGCAAGUCUUUUGGGCAGCGGCUUCGACCCUUCUCUGACCGUCCCUUCACCCAAGAGAGUGUAUUUCACCUGCUCUUGGCUGCCGUGGCCCACCUCGGCAACCCGGCCGUCUGGUGGAUCCUCUUGGUUAGCGGCGUGCUCGUCUGCUUCUUUGUCGUCACUGCCUACAUUCUGUCCCAGAUCUUCUCUGUGCCACCCUACAACCUCGGCGUUGCUGCCAACGGUUUCUUUUAUGUUGGCCCAUUCAUUGGUGGUCUCGCCGCUGUCAGCAUCGGUCCUCUGUGUGACUGGACAGCCCGUUUCCUGGCGCGGCGGCACAACGGGAUAUUUGAAGCUGAAUUCCGCAUUCCCGUCAAUAUUCUGGGCCUCUUGUGCUGUGGGCUUGGAUGGUUCCUCUUUGCCUGGCGGGUUGACCACGAGGUGGCGAACGGCUACUAUCUGGCUUCCUUUUGCUUCGGGCUCGUGUGUUUUGGUGUCUCAGUGCCAUCCACCUCGGCGGGCCUGUAUAUUUUGUGA